AUGUCAAAAGCUAUUGGUAUUGAUUUAGGUACUACUUACUCCUGUGUCGCUCACUUCACCAACGACAGAGUGGAGAUCAUCGCGAACGACCAAGGUAACAGAACUACGCCGUCGUAUGUGGCCUUCACAGACACUGAGCGUCUAAUCGGUGAUGCUGCCAAGAACCAAGCAGCUAUAAACCCAGCGAACACUGUGUUUGACGCCAAGAGAUUGAUUGGUCGUCGUUUCGAUGAUCCAGAAGUGGUCAACGACGCUAAACACUUCCCUUUCAAGGUUGUGAACAAAGAGGGUAAGCCUUUCAUUCAGGUUGAAUAUAAGGGCGAAACCAAGGUGUUUAGUCCUGAAGAAAUUUCGUCCAUGGUUUUGGGCAAGAUGAAGGAAACUGCUGAGGGAUACUUGGGUACUAAUGUGACCGAUGCUGUGGUCACCGUUCCCGCAUACUUCAACGACUCUCAAAGACAGGCUACCAAGGAUGCCGGUACGAUCGCUGGUUUGAACGUGCUGCGUAUCAUCAACGAGCCUACUGCAGCAGCCAUUGCUUACGGUCUAGAUAAGAAGGGCCAAAGCGAACACAACGUCCUAAUCUUCGACUUGGGUGGUGGUACUUUCGAUGUCUCCUUGCUAUCCAUCGACGACGGUAUUUUCGAAGUCAAGGCCACUGCCGGUAACACUCACUUGGGUGGUGAAGAUUUCGACAACAGAUUGGUUACCCACUUGGCCAACGAAUUUAAGAGGAAGAACAAGAAGGACUUGACCGGUAACCAGAGAUCUUUGAGAAGAUUGAGAACUGCCGCCGAAAGAGCUAAGAGAGCCCUAUCAUCUUCAGCCCAGACUUCAAUUGAAAUCGACUCAUUAUACGAGGGUGUCGACUUUUACACAUCCCUAACAAGAGCUAGAUUCGAAGAAUUGUGUGCUGACCUGUUCAGAUCCACAUUAGAGCCAGUGGAGAAGGUUUUGAGAGAUGCAAAGUUGGACAAGACUCAAAUUGAUGAAAUCGUCCUAGUUGGUGGUUCCACCAGAAUUCCAAAAGUUCAAAAGCUCGUCUCAGACUUCUUCAAUGGUAAGGAACCAAACAGAUCUAUCAACCCUGAUGAAGCUGUUGCCUACGGUGCUGCAGUCCAAGCUGCCAUCUUAACUGGUGACCAAUCCUCUAAGACGCAAGAUUUGCUAUUGCUAGAUGUUGCACCAUUGUCGUUGGGUAUUGAAACUGCAGGUGGUAUCAUGACGAAGUUGAUUCCCAGAAACUCCACUAUUCCAACGAAGAAAUCAGAAGUUUUCUCCACUUACGCUGAUAACCAACCAGGUGUGUUGAUUCAGGUAUACGAAGGUGAAAGAACCAGAACAAAGGAUAACAACUUGUUGGGUAAGUUCGAGCUAUCUGGUAUCCCACCAGCUCCUAGAGGUGUCCCACAAAUCGAGGUCACCUUUGAUUUGGAUGCAAACGGUAUCUUAAAUGUGUCUGCUGUUGAGAAAGGUACUGGUAAAUCAAGUAAGAUUACGAUUACCAACGACAAAGGUAGAUUGUCCAAGGACGAAAUUGAAAGAAUGGUGUCUGAAGCUGAGAAAUUCAAGGCUGAAGAUGAAAAAGAAGCAGAGCGUAUUCAAACCAAGAAUGGCUUGGAAGCUUACGCUUUCAACUUGAAGAAUACCAUCAACGAAGCCAGCUUCAAGGAGAAGGUUGGAGAAGAUGAGUAUAAGAAAUUGCAAACCUCUACUGAGGAAACUAUCAGCUGGUUGGAUGCCUCGCAAGCUGCCUCUACCGAAGAAUACAAGGAUAAACAAAAGGAAUUGGAAGACAUUGCGAACCCAAUCAUGACUAAGUUCUACCAAUCUGGUGGUGCCCCAGGUGCCGGUGCUGCUCCAGGUGGUUUCCCAGGUGCCGCUCCAGGUGCUGGCGCAGCUCCAGGCGCAGACUCUGGUCCAACUGUCGAAGAAGUCGACUAA